CGGGAAAGUAGUGCCUGGCGCGCGAGAGAGAGAGAGAGAGAGAAAAAAAAGAACGCGAGAGAAAAAAAGGACGAUAAAGCGAAACAACAAACUACAAACAACAAAACAAAAAAAAGGGGCAGGGUCGCAUUAGGAACGGAUGGAUGUUACUUCUUCUUCUUCUUAGUGCCUACAGAAAAGAUUUUGCACCCAGUGACCCAGAUGAAGGGAGAUGGGAAGGAGACCUGGUCCAAACCUUGGUCAGUGCCACUUUGUAACCAGCCCCAGCUGUCUAAAUCUCUGACAGUACAAUAGCGUUAUGCUAGUCAACCAUUAGCACUGAAACAGAACCAGACCAACAUUCAGAAUGCCUGUGCAAGCAUCGCAGUGGACAGAAUUCCUCUCCUGUCCCAUCUGCUACAAUGAAUUUGAUGAGAACGUGCACAAACCCAUCAGUUUGGGCUGUGGGCAUACUGUCUGUAAAACCUGCCUGAACAAACUACACCGCAAGGCGUGUCCCUUUGACCAGACCGCCAUCAACACAGACAUUGAUGUUCUUCCUGUGAAUUUUGCACUUCUACAGUUAGUCGGUGCACAGGUCCCAGACCAGCAGACUGUGAACCUGAGUAACUUGACUGAAAAUAAACAUUAUGAGGUUGCAAAGAAGUGUGUAGAGGAGCUGGCACUCUACUUGAAACCUCUUAGUGGAGGAAAGGGUGUUGCAAGUUUAAAUCAGAGUGCAUUGAGUCGACCAAUGCAGAGAAAACUGGUUACCUUGGUUAACUGUCAGUUGGUAGAAGAGGAAGGUCGUGUUCGGGCAAUGCGGGCAGCAAGAUCACUAGGAGAAAGGACAGUUACUGAGCUCAUUCUGCAGCAUCAGAAUCCCCAGCAGCUGUCGGCCAAUUUGUGGGCAGCAGUCAGGGCCCGAGGUUGUCAGUUUUUGGGACCAGCUAUGCAGGAAGAAGCUCUUAAACUGGUCUUACUUGCAUUGGAAGAUGGGUCAGCACUCUCCAGGAAAGUGCUGGUUCUCUUUGUUGUUCAGAGGCUUGAACCACGGUUUCCUCAGGCAUCCAAAACUAGUAUUGGUCAUGUGGUACAACUCUUGUACCGUGCUUCAUGUUUUAAGGUUACUAAAAGGGAUGAAGACUCUUCUCUGAUGCAACUGAAAGAAGAGUUUCGUACUUAUGAAGCUUUGCGCAGGGAGCAUGAUGCACAGAUUGUUCAUAUUGCCAUGGAGGCUGGACUUCGCAUUUCCCCUGAGCAGUGGUCUUCCCUUCUAUAUGGAGACUUGGCGCAUAAAUCACAUAUGCAGUCUAUCAUUGAUAAGCUCCAAUCCCCAGAAUCUUUUGCAAAGAGUGUCCAGGAAUUGACUAUUGUCCUGCAACGGACAACAGAUCCAGCUAACCUGAACCGACUCCGAUCCCACCUCGAACUUCUGGCUAAUAUAGAUCCUAACCCAGAUGCAGCACCUCCAACAUGGGAACAACUAGAGAAUGCAAUGGUAGCUGUAAGGACUGUAGUUCACGGGCUUGUUGAUUUCAUCCAGAACUUCAGUAAAAAAGGUCAUGAAGCACCACAACCACAGCCAAACAGCAAAUAUAAAACCAGCAUGUGCCGAGAUCUUCGACAGCAAGGAGGUUGUCCUCGUGGAGCUAACUGUACCUUUGCUCAUUCCCAAGAAGAGUUGGAAAAAUAUCGGAUGCGGAAUAAGAAGAUUAAUGCUACUGUCAGGCCCUUCCCUCUGCCCCAAGCUCUUCAGAACAAAGUUGGAAUCACUAAUAUAGUCACAACUUCUGCAGGAAAUGUAUCUGUGACAGGAUCCACUGAAACCACUGUGAAAAUGGUGCAGACGCCAAAUGGGAUCAUUAGUCCAGAAAGUAGUACCCCACAACUAAUACCACGCUGUGCAGAUACCUCAGCUUCUUUAGAAAACGCUAAGAAAAUUGGACAAAACUGCCUGAGUACACCUGGAUCGCUAUCUGGUUCACCACCAGAAAAUAAAAUUGGAUCACCUCCCAAGACGAUUCUCAACCAGGUGCUGUCUACCCCAGCUGUAAUGUCAUCACAUAUUGGACCAGAUGCAACUUCACUACCCUCUUCGAAAUCUGUGUCAAGAGUGUCAGUGUACCCAUCUCAGCAACCUGAUGUGUAUUAUCAAGACCCCAGAACACCAGUUACAUAUGAACUGACUGCUUAUCAUCAACCAGGAGGGUAUUAUCCUCCACAUCCUGGUCUACCCUCUGGUGUGUCUCCUUGCCUUCCUCGCUACGUACGGCCCAGCAGUAUGCCAGAAUCCCCGCUUCCACCCACUGUGCCAUACACUGACCACUACAAUGCAUAUCCACCUCGGGAACGUCUAGCGUCUUCUCCUUACCCAUCAGCUCCCCCGCAACAGUAUGGUUCAGUCCCAGCUGUGCAUUCUGGAAUGUAUGCACCGGUUUAUGAUAGCAGGCGCAUGUGGAGACCACAGAUGUAUCCACGGGAUGAGGUCAUGCGGAGUAAUUCUUUACCUCCAAUGGAUAUGGUACCUUCAGCUGCCUACCAUCCACCACCACGGGAAAGAUACAGUUCACUUGACGGUUAUUAUUCUAUGGCUGGACAACCAGCAAAUGAACAAAGGAAUGUCACCAUGCAGAGGGAUGCUUACAGCCGAAUACAGCAACCAGGCUUUGAUGACCUGUUGAGGCGGAAACCAGACCAAUGGACACACUAUUCCACUCAGAAGCCACCCAUAGUCUCUUCUGCUUUGUCCACAGUCACCCAGCCCUCUGCACCUCCUUCCCCUUUGUUCAGUGUAGACUUCAGCUCAGAGCAGUUCUCUGAGAAUACAAGUGAUUUGUGUAUAGGCACUAAGUUUGAGGAUGACAACAUAUCCCACUAUUCUCCAUGGUCCUGUGGGACCAUCAGCUCUUGCAUUAGUGCAAUGGAGUCUGAUCCAAAAGACAUUAUGGCAACCACCAGUGUGGAAAUAAUGGACCUUAAUGUGAAACGAAGGUUAAAUCUUUUUGACUCUCAGAGAAGGGGAAAAGAUGAAGAUCCUAUAAUUCCAUUUGGUGACGGACCGAUCAUCUCUAAGUGGGGUGCAAUUUCUAGGUCUGCCCGCACAGGUUAUCACAACACAGACCCAGUCCAGGCUACAGCUUCCCAAGGAAGUGCUACAAAGCCAAUUAGUGUAACAGACUAUAGUCCACAUGUGAGCCACGCAGAUUCUAGUAGUUGGAGUUCCCAUGCCCUUUCGUAUGGAUCAAAUUCUACCACUGGCCAGUACCUAAACAGGGACAGAUUGCGAGUGAUUGAUCUGUCUGGUCAUACGAAACAUUCUAAUGGUGGCGAUCAAUUGCAUAUUGAACUGCAGCAGAGAGAAUUUUCAGAAGUUUCUGCAGAUGCCAGGCCUGAUCGGGAUAUAGAACUGGAGCUUUCUGCUUUGGAUACUGAUGCUGAUCAAGAUGAGGGAUUAGAGGAUGUCCUGGAUCAGCAUUUGGGUAUUAGCUCCCAAGGUGAUCUGCCCAGUGACAUAAUGUCUGAAAAUGGACAUCAUCAUAAGCACCAAGGUCAAGAGCAGGAAGAGCAGGGUCGCAGGAUUGCUGAACAAAUUGCUAUCACAGAGGAACAGAAGAUGAUACCUGUAACUUCUGGCUUUAACCAGCCCACCACAGCCUCAGUUGGCUUUGUCACCUGCCCGACUGUGACUGCUUCCUUCAGCAUCAAUAGUUUGGCCCUGAAAACAUCUGCAGUCAAGUUAUCAGAAGAUAAGAAAGACAUGAAACCUGCAACCAAUGGCGAGGCUCUAGUCAAUGGGAGCUGAAGUGUUUUGUGCUUAUACCAACAUCCAAAAGCAAUUAAUUUUGCUUUCUAUAUUAUAUAAUAUAAUAUAUAUAACACAUGAAUUUGUAUAUAUGUGUGUGUAUAUUAUAUUAUGUAUUUUUUUAAAGAACAAUAUGAGGGCAUCAAAUUCCUGUGGACUUUUUUGAUACUACAAAAGCCCUCCUGCAUUAACCAUUUUGACAAAUAAAAUUAACUUUAGUCGGAUAACUAUUUCAAAUUCCAGUGAAUGUUGGAAUUUGGACAUCAUUCUACUUAAUGCUUUAAAGCAGCCUUUUAUGAGUCUGUUGUGAGCCAGUGCAGUAACUUAGCCAUUCUUAUUCACAAUGGCUAAUGUAGAACGUAAACAACUCAGUUGUUGACCAGCAGAGCCUUGCAGCAAAACAUCUGGUGAAAGCUAACUAUGACUUUACCUCCUCUUCUGUUUCUUUUAUAUAUUUUUGUGUACAAUUCACACAAAAUUGUAAGAAGAUAAUGGCUUGGAAAACUGUAUUUUCGAGCUGUUAUGGUAAGAUUUAGUUUCAUGGCAUUGUUGCACUUUUAUAGGAAACUUGUUUUGUUAAUUGGUGGAAGGAGCAUACUUUUCACUAUUUUAAAAAAUGCAUAAUUAGAGUUACAAAAUACAGUUUCCAACAGCUUCUAUAGGUUAUGAUAGCAUUGAAAAAUUGAGAAAUAUCCCUAUUUAAAUCUUUUUAAACAAUACAAAACAAAUAUUAAAUGGGGUAGAAUCACUGAAACAUUUCCAUACUGCCACUUAUUAUCUGCCAAGCUGUGCCUCAAAAAGAUGAAAGUAUCCUGCAAGAUUAACUACUGGUUACUGUGGCAUAAAAACAGGAAAUUCUGGAAAUAAUCGCAGGUCAGGCAGCAUCAUUGGCGAGAGAAACCGAGUUAACCCGAAAGAUCAAUACUUGAAAUGUUAAUUCUAUUUUUCUCUCCACAAGUGCUGCUUGCCCCAGUUAGUAUUUCCAGAAUUUUCAAUUUCAGAUUUCCAGCAUUCACAGAUGUAUUUUGCUUUUUGUUAAUAUGGCAAUAUGCUUUCACUUUUGUUCCAGUAAUCAAAGAUUAAGCACCAACUGCAUAAAAUCAAUUCAUCUGUGUUCAUUUAGAAGGAUUUAUGUCAGUUUGGUAUUCCUACGAUAGAAAUUUAAUUUGCUACAUCCUGGUAUUGCUGGAUGUGUGGCAUCAGGGAACUUGACAUCACUACCUACAUUACUGUACUUGAACAGGUAGUAAUCAGCAUAGUGAUCAUAUACAGAAUAGUAAGAAAGGAAUGCACUGCCUUCUGCCCCAAAAACACACCAAAGACAAAUUGCAAAUAGUUCAAUUUUAAACACUUACUUCAAAAAAACUUUGUCUUUAACUUUCCUUAUGUUCUUGUAAAGAUUUUCAUUAGAGUUUAACAACAAAAGUACCCAAGAUAUUGAAGUAUUCUCUAAUGACAAUAGACUUCUUAUUUGUCAAUGCUAAAUUACGCUAACGUGCUUUUCUAAUUGGUUUAUAUAAAGUGCUGCCAAAUUUUUGAUGUUGAUCAUAGUUGUGUUUAAAAUACUUGGGUAUUUGAGAUGUUUCUCAUCUUUUUAGAAAGAGAAAGCCUCCUUCUUUUCGCUGCCGUUACAUUUGCUGUAUGUAAAGUACAGAGUGAAAACUGUAUUUUGGAACUCCUGCAUUGUGUGGUGUUUGCACUGAAUGAUAAGCCAGUUCUACUGGUCUCUUUUCUAUCUUCUCUAGUCUAAGAAUUUCUAAUGGCUUCUCUGUAUUUCCUUCAUAAUGGAUGAACAUUAUAUGUUGCAGUAAAAGCCCAAAAGUACUGUAAUAAAUUUAUGAGCAAUCCAAAGUCACAUUUCACAGUUCAAUUUAAAACAACCAUCUUCAAUUUGUUCAAACUUAAAGGUAAAUGCCAAGAAUAUCAGUAGUUUUAUUUGAAUAAAAUACUAUUGCUAAUAAUCAUGGUAAUGCAUUUUAGUUAAUCCAAGGCAUAAUUGAAGUUUGCCAUUGCACGUAUGUUCAGUGGAUUCUGGGAGACUGGUAGAUUUAUUAUGUAUUAGCUGGGCAUUGACAGUUAAAGUAUUUAAAAUUUGUUUACAAAAAUAUGCGGUUGUGAUACUUAAGUUGUGGAUAUUAUGUUUGUUUUGACUAUGUAUAACUUUUCUUUUCACAAUUUUACGCAUCUGAGAAAUUGAGGGGAAAGCUUUCUGGUUCCUCUUCAUUUUCUAAAUGAACUAAUUGUAAAUGAAAUUUCUUAGCCCUUUGAGGAUUAAAUAAAUGGCUUUGUUUACAUAGCUAAGAUCAGCGGUCAGAGGAGCAGUAACAGCAUCUGUUUAUAAAAUCUGAUUAAAAGUUUAAGUGUCUUAGCUUUCAUUAUUUGAUACAAUCCUGUUGAUUCCCUAGCCUAUGUUCACCUUGUUAAUUUUAUAAUGUGUUAUCGAUCAAACCAUUGCAAAUUAAAUAAUAGAACUGUGUAUUAGUAAUUCCCUUUUUUGAAACAAGUCACUGUUGCAUGCACGUAAUUUCUGUUAUGUAGGUAUGCCAUUUGCUAUUAGCCUAGAUUUAACAGCACCCUGCAGUCUCUAUCUUUACUGUCCUACUGUUUUGAUUUUGCAUUUUUAUGUUUUGAUGACUUCUGUGAAGUUGAUUGUUCUGAAAAUCGUACUGGGAUAUUUUAAACCAAGCACGACUUUCACCAGGUAGCUGCAAAGGAGGUGUUCUGCUGGUAAACAACUUCUGCAAGAUCAUGUUAUUGGUCGUCUGAGUUGUUAAAGUGAUACACAAUACCACAACAAAGUGUCAGAAUUUUUAAAACAGUUUUGUGCACUUCCCUGAGGGUUGAACAUUUUUUUCCUGGAGGAUAUUUGCACAGAGUGAUGAGACAGUUUGCUGCUUGAUGUUUAUGAUUGCAUUAGGCAGUAUCAUGAAAUCUCUUCCUAUUUAUAAUAGGAUUUAUAUAGGUUUUUGUAAUGAAGGAGUGAUAUUGUACAUUUAAAUUUUUGUGGGCCUCCUACUCAGUAUCAUAUACCGAAGCUUAUAGUUACUGGGAUCUAUGCACCUAUUGUAGUCUGAAGUUAUCAGUCUUUGUGUGUUUACAUGGUCUUUAGUCCAUAUCUUUGAACUUGUACACAUUAAAUUUUGUUUUUAAAAUCUGGAUACUGGCAUGACAGCCAAUACUAAGCAAUCUAAAGCUAAACUGACUGAAGACCAUUUUACGAGCUCUUCUAUUGCAGUAAUUUAAUUUUCAACCAAAGCUGCUCUUAACAAUAUAGGUUCAGAGUAAACCAAAACAUGCACCAAAGCUUUAGGCGGGUGGUGUUAGUCAUUAAAAUAAGUAGCAUAGGAACAAUAUUUAAUGUAAAUUUUAUGUAAAAGUACAUAAUGUUUUCAAGUGAAAUGUGCUGUAGUUCCCAUCUAAAAUUUACAUUUUUAGUUCAGCUGUCCAGUUGCAUUAAUAAACUGGAAGACCUUAGGAGUCUCCAUAAUUCAAAUAUUCAGUAAUCACCAGAGUUGCACAUAGCACUGAUUAUUGCUUAUGAAUGUGUUAAUUAUAAAUGGCAGUUGUCCUAUUGCUAUAACAGCCUAAUUGAGCUCAUCUAUCUAUUUUUCAUGAAUCAUAACAUUUAACUCAGUGUCCAGUGCUUUCUUGCUGGCAACACAACAAGCAGGCAUAGGUAUUGGAAAAAUGAGUCAAGCUCAUAAUCACUUACAGACUCUAAAGUACAGGAACAGGGGUUGUUGAAAUUUGUUUUGUUAUCCUUGCAUGAGGCAUAUUGGCAUAAAUGGCCAAGCUUUGGAUCAAAAACGUCAGACUGGACUAUAGAAUACUUCAAAGUAAAUUGCACAUCGGGUCCUCCUGCAGUACUCAUUAUUUGCCACCGUGGGGUCUCAGUGAAUUGUAUAUAGUUGCUUUCUCCCUCUAGUGGUAGAAAAUGGUCCUGUUGAAUCAAUUUGCAGACCCCAAGAGGUCCCAUCAACUAUUCAACUGUUUUUCAGAAGUAACUCACACCACCAGCAGACCCCCCCUCCCCCAACCCCUAAAGAAAAAUGAAAAUGCCUACUUUUAGAGAUUACUUAUUCAUGCUUCAACCCAGGAAAGUAAGCAUUUAACUUCUAAGUAUAUUAAUUUUAAGGACUUGAAUAUGACCAAGAUAUUUCGGGAGCCCAGGAGUAUCUGCAUAACCCUCCGAAAAUAGAUUGCAGCCCUCGGGGAAAUGACUGCCCUCUGCUACAAAACUACAAAUAAACAUCUUCAGUGCUUUCUGAGGGUGAAUAUAUAUUACAUAAAUUAAUCUUGUGUAUGUACCUUUUUAUUUUAAAAUUGCAUUCUUUAAAAAAAAACUUGGUUGUGCUCUGUUGGAGGGGGAUUGGGGAAACUGGUUGCUUUUUUUUUUACAACUGAUGCACGUUAACUAUGGUAACGUAUCAUAAUUUUUGAGAAUCAACCAACAUUUUUUUUAAGCUAUUUAAAUGGAAUCCACUCCUGUGCAGUUUACCCUGCUGCAUGGGCCCAACAUGCAUUACUUCAGAAUUUAAUCACCUGCACAUAUCCCAUAAACCCAUCCAAUGAAGGCCUCAGUUAAUCAAAGGCAUGGAAAUGCAUGCAGUUCCUUAGCUGGGCAAGAAAAAAAGUACAUUAUACUGUAGUUGUGAUACAACACAAACGUGGUUCUUAUUUGUACUACACAUGCCCACUGUACAGCCACUUGAAGCAUUGUGGUUAGCUUGCAGCGUUUGCUGUCUGCAUUUAUGCUGUUUUGCAUAUUCUUUUCCCUGGAAGUUAAGAAAAAUGUUUUCUUGCUGCAAAACUAAAAUCUUUAGAAAAAUUGCUUAGCUGGAAAAGUUGGGAAAAGAGGCCUGUUUUGUCAAUUGUACAACAGAUUGUGGAGCUCAAGUGUGAAUAUUUUACGUCUGUAUUAGACAUUUUCUUUGCAAAUCUAUUGUUCGAUUGAAAUGUAAAUGAAAUUAAAGAUGGUACACAUCCGUCAUGUAUAAAGGAGGCACCAUCAAUAAGAUGGAUUUAAUGGUCAUUUUUACUACACCUACUUGGCUUAUAUUUAAAAUGUAUAAUUUUUUUUAAAAAGUGCUCUGUUAAUUAAAUAGGGAAUAAAUUCUAUUCCAUUUGUUAAUUUCAAUUUGACUUCCAAAUUGUUGGUAAUCUGUUACCUUUUGUUUUAGGAGUAGGAUGAAAUAUGAAUGCUAGGCCAUUUAGGUCUGUAAUGGAUUAGUUUUGUGAUACUGAAUAGCAAAGGUUGAAUUCUCUGUGUACAAAACCUUGUUUGCUGUAGCACUGAAUUGAGCUAAUAGCUUGGGCUGUACACUAGAAUAGAGUAUCAUGAAUUUCGGUGUUUGAAAGAUGAUUGGGACAGUUUGCAGUACUUGAAAUGUAUUUGCAUGCAUAACAAUAAAGUUAUUUGUCAAUUAA